AGUUGUUCAAAGAUUUUGGUCAAAGAAACAAGCAUCACGACGUUUAUUUACAAAUAAUUUCAUAAUUUUCUACAUUAUCGUUGGUACUGGCUAUGAUAAUAAAAAUGUCGAAAAAAUAAAAAGCAAGUGGCGACCUAGUUGAUAACCGCAUAUUCACAACAAUUUAAGUCAAGAAAUUUUGUAAUAAGUAAUUCUUAGGUGUUAUCGUAAGAAAAAGCCUUCUACUUAACCAGUUUUUAAUCAAGAAAUUGAUAUCUGUUUGUUCUGAUUUCGACUUGAGUAUAAAUAGAAGCAACUUGAAACCCUUUGAGACAUUAAAUUGAGCAGACGCUAGAAGUGAAGACAUCGAAAUGAAAGCUGCAAUAUUUUCCGUUCUUUUUCUCGUCUCUUCAAUAAGAGCUUUGGAUAAUGGAUUGGCAUUUACACCGCCCAUGGGUUGGAUGACAUGGGAAAGAUUUCGCUGUAUUACCGACUGUGAGAAGUAUCCGAAAGAGUGCAUUAGCGAAAAUUUAAUUAUGGAAACGGCCGAUGUUAUGGUUUCUGAAGGAUAUUUAGAUGCUGGAUACGAAUACGUCAAUAUUGAUGAUUGCUGGUCCGAAUUGGAGAGAGAUGAGAAUGGUAAAAUUGUAGCCGACAAGAAGCGAUUUCCAAGAGGCAUCAAAUUUUUAUCCGAUUACGUUCACUCUAAAGGACUUAAAUUUGGAACUUAUUUGGACUACGGCACUAAAACAUGUGCUGGUUAUCCUGGAUCUAUUGACCAUUUGGAAAUUGAUGCACAAAGUUUAGCUGAUUGGGGUGUUGACUUCAUUAAGAUGGACGGUUGCAAUGUUGACAAUAGCCAAAUGGUUGAAGGCUAUAUUAAAUUUGGAGAGCUUAUGAAUAAAACUGGAAGGCCAAUUAUGUAUUCAUGUUCAUGGCCCGCAUAUUUCGAAUAUUACCGGAAACCACCUCAAGUCCCUGACUAUGAAAUCUUAAAGAAAACUUGCAAUCUUUGGCGUAAUUGGAUAGACAUUGAAGACAGUUGGGAGUCGGUGAAGUUUAUUUCUGAUUAUUUUGCAGAAAAUCAAGAUAGAGUUGCACCUCAUGCUGGAAAUGGUCAUUGGAAUGAUCCUGAUACGCUUCUACAUGGAAAUUACGGUUUGAGUUACGAUCAAAGUAAAGCUCAAUUGGCUGUUUGGGCAAUAUUAGCUGCUCCAUUUUUAUUGUCAACUGAUUUGAGAACAAUUAAGCCUGAAAUGAAAGAGUUGAUAUUGAAUCGUGACAUUAUCGCUGUUAAUCAAGAUUCAUUGGGGAUUCAAGGUCGACGAGUUAAUUCAGGCAAUGGAAUUGAAGCUUGGGCUAGAAAAAUAAUGCCAAUCGUAAAAGAAGAACAUUCAUAUGCAAUUGCAUUUGUUUCUCGACGAACUGAUGGUCAUCCUCAUGCAUUUAAUGUUACACUUAAAGAUCUUCAGCUUACCAACAAAUUUGGAUACAUUGUCAAGGAUUUGUUCAACACACAUCGGGCAACUUAUCAAUUUUUACAAACUGAUGAGUUUGAAGAGCGUGUUAACCCAACCGGCGCUAAUUUCUACAAGUUUAUUCCAAUAGAGUGACGGAAAUACGUUCUUUCCUAUUUCACUCUCUCACCCUGAAUCGACACGCUAAUGUAACCUUAAUUUAUCAAAUAUUUUAAUCAUUUGACAUUUAGCGAUUAAUUAUUAUCAGCAUAUAGACAUCUGAAGUCAAGUGUUGCUUAUAAGUAUAUCGGAUGACUCCCUUUUGUUUUUGAAUAAACAUCAUAUACGAAAAAAAAUUCCAUGUUAAAACUUGUGUUUAUCAGUAAAUCUUGCAAUUAUCUACAAUUCAAAAAAUGUAGAAUAGCAACAAUCACAAAAUCGCGAUUAAAAAUUCAUAUAUAAAACUCAGACAAUUGUGUUUUAAUUCACAGUCAGUUCUUUUUGGUAUUCGAGAAAAAUGAUGAAAAUAAAAGUUUUUGUUUUAAUAGUGAUAAUAGCUUAUGCUUCAUGUGGAGAUGAUGCAAUGAGUAAGUGGAUGAAAAUGGGAGAAUGUUGGAAACAAACUUCUGCUUUGUCUAAAUGUUGUCCUUUACCUCAACAUAAAAAUAUGUUAAGCAAUGAAAAAUGCAAGCAACAUUUUGAUGAAAAAGACGAAAAGGACUUUAAGGAACAGUUUAAAGCUAAAGCUUGUGGAGUUGAUUGUAUCUUUAAAGCUGAAGGAUUGAUGAAUGACAAUAAUGUAUUUGAUGAAGCGAAAAUCAAAGAAAAGUUUGGCGCUAUCUUAACGGCAAAUGAUGGAGGCGAUUUUAAAGAUAUUACUAUGGAGUCAAUCGAUUUUUGUCUGAAACGAUUUGGAGAGAAGAAAGAAGAAUGGGAAAAAAUGGCAGCAGAGUGGAAGAAGAAGAAGGGUGAAAGUGCUGAUGAUUCCAAGUGUUCUAUGUGGCCACUUUCCUUUGUCAGUUGUGUCAGAGGAAGUGUUGUCAGGAAAUGCCCGGAUUCAAAAUGGCAAAAAAAUGAUGAAUGUGACGGUAUGAAAAGUAAAGCAACCCCAAUCAGUGAAUGCUACCAGUAAAUGUCAAUUCAUAUACACGAAGUAGAAAUCAUCGUGUUAUCUGCAAAAAUAUAUUUACCUACGUAUUGUUCUUUAAAUUUCAAGUUCAAUGUAAUUUCCAGCAAACAAACAAUAAAACAUUGCAUCAACAUCGAGCAUAAAAUUCAUUAUUUUUCACUUUUC